GUUUGUGGUGGCAGCAGCUGUUGAAGAGCUGUUUUCAUGAAGGUGUCGGUGGUUACUAACUAUCUCUGUCUCUCAUCGUUCUUCUGCAUUGGACGACUUUCAGCUGGGGCUGAAUUCGAACUCCUGAGAUAUAGUAACAAACCAGUGGCAUCCCCCGUUUACCGAUUAUUUGGAUCCUCCUUCUCUAAAAAUGAUUCAGACGAGGGGAAGUUACUGUCUUUUUCAACACUUUCAAUUGCAAAAUUCUGGUGACAGGGGAAAAGGAAGUCGAGCCUGGCACCGUGGCAGUCAUCUUUAAUGCUUUUAUAGAUUGGCUUCUUCAAAGUGGUCCUCUAUCGAUCCCCCUGGGAACUUACUCGUUGUGAGUUUGAUUUCAGAUGAAGUGAUGUCGACGGCACCAUGCGUUUCUGCAGCUCGUCUUGCGUCUUCGAUCAUA